AUGGACAGAGUCAACAAGAUGAAUCCUGAUGGAGCGGCAGAGUGUGCCGAACUUGCAGACACCAAGCCCCAACUUGGCUUUCCGGCCGAGCUGCAAGUAGAUCCAGCUGAAGAAAGAGCACUGGUCAAAAAGCUGGAUCGCGUCAACCCUUUGCUGACUUGUUCAAAUGUUGCAGAUCUCGACAAACAGAGCAUCAAUUAUGCCGCCGUCUUUGGCCUCUCCGAAGAUCUCAAAUUGACGGGCUCCGAGUUUUCCUGGGCCAUCUCUCUCUUCUACUUCGGCCAAUUAUGCUCGGAGUACCCUGCCGCGUACCUGAUGAGCAGGCUGCCCAUCACGGUCUUCGUCGGUGUUACAAUGCAAUCCCGAAACAGUCUGCUCUGGGGCGGUGUCGAGAUGUGUCUGGCCGCUUCCAAGGACUUUGCCAGCCUGGGCGCCACUCGUUUCCUCCUGGGCUUCACCGAAGGAGCCGUUUCUCCGUCAUUUAUGAUAAUCACGAGCAACUGGUACAAGAAGAGCGAGCACCAGAUGAGGAUUGCUACCUGGGUGUCCAUGUUUGGGGUCUCCCAGAUCGUCGGUGCCCUCAUGAUGUACGGCAUUGGCUCAGGUGUCCACGCUAUUGCGACAUGGCGGGUCAUGUUCAUGACGUGCGGUGGUCUGACUGUAGCUGCGGGCAUCGCUUUCAUCGUCUUGAUGCCUCGGAACACUACCACGGCUUGGUUUCUCAAUGAGCACGAGCGAGAGAUUGCCACUCGCCGUCUCGCUCUGGACCGUGCCACCCGUGACCGUGCCCAUUUUGACUGGGCCCAAGUUAAGGAAGCCUUUACCGACCCCCGUACCGGUCUCUAUGCUCUCAUGGCACUGUUCAUCACGAUCCCUACCCCAAUUUUCUCGUCCCUCGUCAUCAACGGAUUCGGCUACGACAAGUUCCAGACCAUGCUGGUCGGCCUCCCCAGCGGCGCCGUCGCCUUCGCGCUGGUCUGGAUCGGCGCCCUGGGCUCGCGCUUCUUCAAGGACGCGCGGUGCAUGUUCGGCAUCUUCCUGGCCUCCAUGCCCAUGCUCGGCAGCCUGCUGCUGCUGCUGCUCCCAGCGAGCGCCUCGUGGGGCAUCGUCGUGAGCACCUGGUUCGCCGGCUGCACGGCGCCGCCCCUGGGCCAGGCCGUCGGCCUCAUGGCCUCCAACGUCAAGGGCAACACCAAGAAGUCGGUCGUCAGCGCCGUCUUCUUCGUCUUCUACUGCGUGGGCUGCAUCGUCGGCCCGCAGCUGUGGCAGAAGCAGGACGCGCCCCGCUACGCCAAGGGGUGCAUCGCCAGCGUCGCCAGCUUCGUCUGCCUCAUCGCCGCCUUCCUCGUGCACUUCUUCACGGCCAGGGUGUCCAACCGGAAGCGCGACAGGGCGGCGGCGCAGAUGUCUGGCGACGAGCUGGCCGGCAUGUCUGUCGACUCGGAUCUCACGGAGCGGCAGGACGCGGGCUUCAGGUAUACACGUUAA